GUAGCUAUGUGAGAGGAGAAUGUAUGUGUGUGUGAGAGAGAGUAUAGUUGAAACGGAAGUAGUAUAGUGGAAACGGAAGGCAGCUCAUUUGUCGCGCUGUGAUUGGCCGAGAGAAGCUCUAGCAGGGUCAUUUCAGGUCAAAAUCAGCAUGGAAGGAGGAGAGGAGAGGCAAACACUGCAGCAGGCAAUAGGGGUUUUAAGGAACAUUUUAACAUUCCCCGAAACCAUAGCAUCCCUCUCCUCUUCCGUCGAGCGGCAGAGGACAUCUGCACCGACCGCCAGCCACAGUACGACGGAAAGUGAGCUGCGUCAACUGUUCAGGCCGAGCAGCUCCCGAGUUGCCAACCCUGCAGCGGUCGCAACACAAGGCCAACAGUCUCUGCGAUACCAGACGCAGCAGCAUUUUGGGAACUGGAGCUCCCGCUCAAAGAAAAGGGCCAAAACACAUUUUCAUGAUACUUUCAACAAAGACGUCAUCCUUCUUCCAAGGCCAUCAAGCAAUGUCGUCGUCAAGCAUCGCAAAAAGCAACGGCUGCAUGAACAGGGACAUAUACUGAAUGGAUUUGAAUUCCAGAAAUCUUGGGACCAGAGGACUGUCACUGAACAAAUAAGGGAUGCCUUUGGAGAAAAACUCUCUGCUGAUGUGAGCCUAGAGUUUCUGAUGGCAUGUGGCAACAGAUUAAUUUUGCCCAAACUGCGUGCUGGACAGGAGCUGGAUGCAAAUCUCAUACAUAAAGUAUAUAAAUCUAAAGCCCUGUACAUCAGACCAUCAAAGCCAGUUAUGGCUGAUCUUUCAGGCUACAGCAGUGAGGAGAAUUGUGAGGUAAACCCUGCUUCAGCGAGGCAGCUGCGCUCCUCAUCUCUAACACAAGAUAUAUACUCACGUGUCUCUUCAGAGAGCUUCAACGAUGUUACAACAGCCUCCCCACCAAACUGCACUCCUGAGGUUGAAACUUAUCCCUCGUCACUCAUCCCUCAUCACAGCAGCUCACCCAACUACAGCAGCACUUCAACCAGUUCUUAUCAGUUGCCAUCAUGCUCACUAAGAAGCUGCCCUACCGAAAGUCAGCCUUCUACCGCAUCAUAUGGAGGAACAACCUCGGAUGAGCCAAAUCUGGUGCUGACUUCUGUGUUACCCUCUAGCUCGACACAGCAUCAGUCAGCAAACUAUGACAACUACCUUUCGGUUGUGGCUGCACUGUCUGACAUGUCUUCUGAUGAGGAGGACUUGAAUCAGGCUAUACUAGCAAGCCUGCAGAGUGAAAGAAGGACCACAGCAUGUUUUGUGCCAGAGAGGGAUAUUUUGCAAGACCUCGCAACUAAAAUAAACCAUCACAAGAAAUGCAAGUUUAACAUUAACCGAGCCACAGUCCUGGAUGGAGCCAUCAGAGGUUUUAAACGAGGGACAUACGAUCCAUGUCACACCAUUUCUGUCAGGUUUUCUGAUGACAUGGGAGUUCCUGAAGAGGCUGUCGACUUGGGUGGACCAAGAAGAGAAUUUUUAAGACUUCUAAUGGAAGCCUUGCCCCAAUCUCCAAUGUUCGAGGGAGAAGAAGGCAAAAUGAACUUGGCCUUUAACAGUACUGCCAUGAGAGAGGACCGGUACUUCAUUGCAGGCAGGGCCAUCGCAGUAAGCCUUGUACAUGGCGGACCUCCCGCAGGCUUUCUGUCCCCAACUCUCUUCUCUUGCCUUGUUGAUGGCCCAGAACGUGCUAAUCCAGUUUUGAAAGAUGUUGCGGAUAGUGACCUGCUCGAAAAAAUUAAAAGGGUCACAGAGUGUAAAUCAUUUGAAGAUCUGCUCGCAACAACAGAGCCACUUCAGGAGUACCUGUCCAAUGCUGGCUGCCUAAGGCCGCUGCGGAGGUUGGAAGACAGGAAUAUGCUUGUAGAUGACAUCCUGAUGUUCCAAGUGAUACACAGAGUGCGUGGUCCUUUUGAGAGAUUUCGGGAUGGACUGAGAACACUUGGUGUGCUGGACAAAAUCCAAGCUCACCCGGAGAGUUUUCGCCCCCUUCUAUGCUGGUCUCCUACAAUCCUCACUGCUGACUUGGUUGACAGCCUUUUCACCAUCCGCCUAUCUCCAGUUGGCAGCAAUAGAAGGCGUGCGGAAGAAGUUGUUGUUCCAUACUGGAGAGACUACCUAACAGAUGCAGAAGAGGAAACGCAGAAGUUGGGGACAAUUCUCGCUUUUGCCACUGGGGCCAACACUGUUCCACCAAUUGGCUUCUCUCCACAACCUUCGAUUGAAUUCUUCACCAAGACACAGGAACCACUUCUAAACUGCCAAUUGCAAACACCUGCAUCAAUUGUUUGAAGUUACCACUGCACACCUCUUACAAAGACUUUCAGGAAAACAUGGACUUUGCAUUGGGCAAUACCCAUGGUUUCGGCAUGGCAUAAUUUGCGGGCAGGCCUCCCUCUCAGUAUUGUAGGUCAUGUUUGCAAAGUUAAAUGUGAGUCAGAACUCAAAUAACCCCAAAACAGGUCGUGUCACGUGGUUUUGGUAUGGAUUUCAUUCCACAGUGUUUUGUUUGAAAAAUAUAUACUUGUUGCUUCUUUGUUAAAACAAAAAGGUGCAAAUGUCUUAUUAAGUACUGUUCAGAUUAUCAGAGAGUUCAUUGAAGGAAAAAAACAAGUUUAAUGUGGAUGUUAAUGUGGAGUAAGCUUAAAAUGGGUUUGGAUCUUAGCUCUUCAUUUUAGCCAGGAUCAGGUUGCCAGUAAUCUUGAGACCAAACUGUAAUUACUGUAGCUUGUUGUCAUUGAUAAUUUCCUUGUUUUAAUUUCUACAAUGUUGUUCACCACUCUACCUGCUUUUGAUCAGCAGUAUUUAUGUAACUGAUAUCUCUUAUGUCAGGCCAAAAUGUCAAUGUUGCGUAAACUAAAUGUCACUGAGAUUAUUACCAUUGAAUAUGCUGAGCAUAGUGAUGCGCUACACUUUUGUAGUCCUUGUGUGAAAAGGUUCUAACACUUGUAAAAUGACCAGGUGAUUAAGAUCUUCUGAAAUGUCAGAUAUAAUUAAGUCUCAAGUUUGUUUUGUUUUUUAUAAAAAUGUCAAAUUGUUACUGUUUUAACAUGCAAUACUUGAAAAGUGUAUUUUUCCAGUGAGUCAAUGAAUGUGAAAUAAUUUUUUGCCAUUGUCCUCUUCUGCUGUCUGUUGUGCAGCUUUUGUGUUGAUUCUCAUGUUCCUUCUGUCUUCAAUGUUGACAGAUUCCGCAGAUGCAGUAUUAAUGUUGAUGUUAGUUUUCAACAAAGAACACCAUGUCAAAAUAAAAUUGUGGUUUCACACAUCACAAA